CAGAAGUGAUCUGUGGCCGGCCGGACUUCAUUCCACAGAUGUGCUUUAACAAAGUGUGAAGCUGAACUCUGAGCUGUGACAGUGUGAGAGUGUGAGAGUGUCAGUAGAUGAUCAGCAGAGGAAAGUGAAGCUGCUGUGAGCUGAUGUCCUGAAGGGCUUUUAAAGAGUCUCUGAGUUUGACAGGAACAUGAAGAUGUUUGUGGUGUUUGUGAUCCUCCUGCACGUUUCCCAGCACGCCUCAGAUGCUGUGGAGAUGUAUGAGGGGGACUCAUUUAUCCUGCCCUGUGAGUUUGACACUUUUGAUCUGACUGACCCCUCCGUGGUGUGGAGUCGCUCCGACCUCAGUCCUCCCACUGUCCACCAGCGUCAGCUUCAAGGAGACGAACUGAAAGAUCAAAACCAGCUUUACAGUGGCCGAACAUCCAUGAAGACUGACGCUCUGGAAACUGGAGACCUCAGCCUGACCCUGACUAGCCUCCAACUGUCUGACAGUGCCACCUACACCUGCUCCAUCAGAGACAAGAGGACAGGAGGACAAAGGACAGUGACAGAUGUACAGUUGGAGGUCAAAGAAUGGUUUCCAUCCUGGGCCAAAGCUCUUCUGGUUCUCCUGGUUCUUCUUGUGGUUUCUGGAGGUCUUUUAUGUCAUUUCCAUCAGUAUUUCAUUUCAGUUUACAAGGUGGAGGUGGAUUCAGGGGUGGAGUCUGUCCAGCUUAUCUGCAAAACUACAGUUUGCUUGCCUAAAGAUGCUAAAGUGGAGUGGAAGGACACAAACAACAGGAAGAUCCACGUGUGUGAGAACGGCUCUGACCAGCUUGAAGAACAGGACAAGAAUUAUCAAGGCCUAACAAAGAUGAAGAGAACCUUACCUGGAGACCUCAGUCUGACCCUGAAAUACCCCACAGAUGAAGACAUCUACACUUGCACCGUCUACAGCAGGGAUGGAAACAUCCUGCUGAAGAAAAAAGUGAUGCUCACUGUCAGAGUUUACAAGGUGGAGGUGGAUUCAGGGGUGACGUCUGUCCAGCUGCCCUGCAAAACCACACUUCACCUGCCUGAAGACGCUAAAGUGGAGUGGAAGGAAGGUUCAAUCUACCAUAGGAAGGUCCACGUGUAUGAGAAUGGCUCUGACCAGCCUGAAGAACAGCACCAGGUUUACAGAAACCGAACGAAGAUAAAUAAAGACCUGCUGAAAACUGGAGACCUCAGUCUGACCCUGAAAUAUCCCACAGAGACAAAGACCUACACCUGCACCGUCUACAGCUGGGAGGGAAACAUCCUGCUGAAGAAACAAGUGGAGCUAAAAGUCAGAGUCAAGUCUGUGGAGGUGGAUUCAGGGGUGACGUCUGUGCAGCUGCCCUGCAAAAUCACACUUCAGCUACCUGAAGACGCUAAGGUGGAGUGGAAGUGCUUACAUGAUACCAAGAUCCACAUGUAUGAGAAGGGCUCUGUCCAGCCUGAAGGACAGCACCAGGCUUACAGAAAAAGAACAACGAUGAAUGAAGACCUGCUGAAAACUGGAGACCUCAGUCUGACCCUAAAAUACCCCACAGACUAUGACAUAGACACCUACACCUGCACCGUCUACAGCAGGGAGGGAAACAUCCUGCUGAAGAAACAAGUGGAGCUGAAAGUCAGAGACUGUCGUGUGGAGGUGGAGGAGGGGGCGGAGUCUGUACAGUUGCCCUUCAUAACCAACGAAAACCUGCCUGAGGCUGCUAAAGUGGAGUGGUCGCAUUGUGAUCCAUUAAUGUUCGCCCAUAUAUACGAGAACGGCUCUGACCAGCCUCACAGGCUGCACCUACUAUAUAGAGACCGAGUGAAAAUAAAUAAAAACCUCCUCAAAACUGGAGACCUGAGUCUGACCCUGAAACACCCCACACAGAGAGACAGUGGGAGAUACAGAUGUGAUGUCUACACUAAGAACAUCUGCAUCAGAGGAAAGACAGUCCACCUCAAAGGAGAGUUCAGGACCAGGAUCAAACAAGGGACAUCAGGAACAGAGUCCUCUGAUGGCGGAUCAAUCAGUUUGAAAAUAACCAAUGAUCUUUUUAUGGAAGCUGACUCCGGUUUACUCUCCAUUCUUAUUCUUCUCGAUCUGAGUGCUGCUUUCGACACUAUUUCUGGCUCUAUUCUUCUCAUUUCCCAGCAUGCCUUGGCUGUGGUGGUGGAGGUGAAUGAGGGGGAAACAUCUGUCCUGCUGCUCUGUCAGCACUCAGGUUUCAUACCUGGUGAUCUCAGAGGACAAAACCGGCGUUACAGCAGCGCACAUUGA